CGAUAUUUUUUUGUUCUUUUGUUUGUUUUAGUUUAUAUCACAUUUUAUUAGAUUACUAUGACGGACUCGGAGGAGAUCGCCUGGAUACCUUGGUUCUGCAAGCAGCGCGGACACGAGUUCUUCUGCGAGGUGGACGAGGACUACAUACAGGAUAAGUUCAAUUUAAGCUUUCUCGACUCGAAUGUGAGCAACUAUCGACGGGCAUUGGAGGUUAUACUGGAUCUGGACACGGGCUCCGGCACGGAUGCGCCGACAGAGGCUGAGCUGGAGCAUUGUGCCGAGAAGUUGUACGGUCUUAUACACGCUCGCUUCAUUCUAACCAAUCGUGGCAUUGAUCUGAUGAUGGAGAAGUAUCAGAAGGGCCUUUUUGGCUACUGUCCACGGGUCUUUUGCCAACGACAGCCAGUGCUGCCCAUCGGCCUGAGCGACAAUCCCGGCGAGGAUAUGGUGCGUGUCUUUUGUCCCAAGUGCAAUGAUGUCUAUCUGCCCAAAUCGGCAAGACAUUCAGCCAUAGAUGGCGCCUUCUUUGGCACCGGAUUUCCCCACAUGUUCUUCAUGGUGAGACCCGAAGCGAGACCCAAAAGAGCCAAGCAGAAGUUUGUGCCAAGAUUGUAUGGCUUCAAGAUCCAUCAGAUGGCACAUCGAUCGCCCAACGAUCUCAACUCCUAUCUUUAUAAGGAACAGCAGCCACCUGAUGUCGAUAGUCAAUAGUUGUUUCUUGAUACAACAAAUGGUUCCAUCUUGCUUUCAAAAUUUUUGAUCCCAUGACUAAAUUAUAUGUAUACAUUAUUUUGUCACUAUCUUACACAUAUUUCUCGUUCUCAAGUAUCUUAUUAACAUCAAAAUCAUAAUAAGCCAUGCUGCACAUGGUUUAUAAAUAUUGUGAUAAUUACUUA